CGACCCAGCCAGCCAGCCAGAUACUACUACUAAAAUGGCCGUCUACUAACGCGUUCCCAAUUGAUUUUUUUUCCAUUUCACUUGUUAUACCAUCCCAAAAACAAAUUUACAACCGGUCAGACAUUCCUCCAACCACACCACAUAUCGGCAGCAGUUGAGCGCGUACUAUUAAUACAUGAGUAUCAAAUUAUAACCUGUGCAGUGCCGAACCAGUGUGACAAAUCUCCUUAUAAUCACAAUUUAUCUGACUUUAGCCAUUUAACAAAUGUUUUUUGAUGAUAAGUGCUGGUUGGACGCGUCAUACGGGGAUAAAACAGUCGUCGCUAACACCUACUACAUAUAAAAGGAAUAAUGUAUGACAGAACCGGCUGCUGAAACGGUCUCACAUGCAAGGGUGUUCACUUUGAGAUAAUUUGGAAACCAAGAUGGCGUCUUGCGUCGGUUUCCAGGGCGCCGAGUAUCUGCCUGUGGCGGAGUUUUACGCGGACAAGUCGAUUUUUGUGACCGGCGGCACGGGCUUCAUGGGGAAGGUGUUAGUUGAAAAACUCCUGCGCAGUUGUCCUAAAAUCAAAAAGAUCUACCUCUUGAUGCGGCCGAAGCGUGGACAGGACGUCGCGUCUAGACUCACGGAGCUAACACAGUCACCAUUGUUUGAAACAUUACGAAAAGAGCGGCCACAGGAGUUAAGCAAGAUAGUACCGAUCGUUGGAGACAUCACGGAGCCAGAGCUCGGGAUAAGUCCGGCGGAUCAGGCCAUGCUGUGUCAGAAGGUAUCAGUGGUGUUCCAUUCGGCGGCGACGGUGAAGUUCGACGAGAAACUGAAGCUAUCUGUGACGAUCAACAUGCUGGGGACGCAGCAGUUGGUCCAGCUGUGCCAUCGUAUGCUAGGCCUGGAGGCCCUGGUCCACGUGUCAACAGCAUACUGCAACUGUGAGCGGGAGCGCGUGGAGGAGACAGUGUACGCGCCGCCCGCGCACCCCGAGCACGUGGUGACGCUGGUGCAGACGCUGCCGGACGACCUGGUGGACAGGAUCACGCCGGACUUAGUUGGAGACAGGCCUAACACGUAUACAUUCACAAAGGCAUUGGCAGAGGACAUGCUUAUAAAGGAGUGUGGAAACUUACCUGUAGCGAUUGUGCGGCCAUCCAUCGUUCUCUCGUCAGUGCGAGAGCCAGUGAAAGGAUGGGUGGACAACUGGAACGGGCCCAACGGCAUUAUCGCGGCGGUCGGCAAGGGCGUGUUCCGCAGCAUGCUCGGCUCCGGCGCGCGCGUCGCCGACCUCGUGCCCGUCGACACCGUCAUCAACCUCAUGAUCGUGUGCGCGUGGCGGACGCAUCUCAGACGAGGAGAAGGCGUGGUGGUGUAUAACUGCUGCACAGGCCAACAGAAUCCAAUCACGUGGCAAAGAUUUGUCAAGACAAGUUUCAAAUACAUGCGGAAACAUCCGUUCAGUGAGGUGGUAUGGUAUCCCGGCGGCGACAUCACCAACAACCGGCUAAAGCACAACGUUCUAUCACUGCUGCAGCACAAGGCACCGGCUAUUGUGAUGGAUCUGGUUUCAAGAGCAUCGGGUGGAAAGCCUGUAAUGGUCAGAGUGCAAAACAAGCUGGAGAAAGCGGCGGCAUGUCUAGAAUACUUCACGACGCGCCAGUGGGCGUUCUCAGACGACAACGUGCAGGCGCUGUGCGCGGCGCUGUCCGCCGACGACCGGCGGAUCUUCGACUUCAACGUGCGGAACAUCGACUGGGACGCGUACAUCGAGUCCUACGUGCUCGGCAUCAGGAGGUUCCUCUUCAAGGAGAGCCCCGACACGCUGCCCAAGUCCAGGGCUGUGUUGAGACGGUUACACAUAGUCCACACUCUAACUCAACUGACGACGGUGUUCCUUCUGUGGAGAUUUCUAUUUUCCAAGUCAACUACGCUUCGUACCGUAUGGAGGCGUAUCUUGGAGUUCAUAACUCGCGUUUUUCGCCUUUUAGCCAUAGCCUGAUGCAGCCAAACCAGUCUGACAGCACCCAAUAGGAUCUCUUCAUUAUGCGCUGCGAACUUUUUUUGACAUUUCAACUCGUUUUGACGUUUGUUGCAAAAUGACGGGCAUGUCAAACUUGACACUAAUAAUGUUUACUGUUAUAAGAUAAUACUACUGGAUUAUAUUAAAAAUGGAUUGUUCCGGUGAUGGCUACUAACGUAAAUCUAGACAUUAUAAUUAGUCCAGUAAUGUGUCGAGGUUUAUGAUUAAGAUCAGAACGGCAAAUAAAUACGUUUAGGAAUAUUUUGUCUUCAAUAUAAGCUUUCGGGGCUGUCAUAUUUGCUUCCUUUAUAUCGUUUGUUGUAGGACGAACACUAGAAUCAAUUUGAAUAUAGUCUAUUUUGCUAUAUAGGUAGCACAAUCAGGCUUUCACAAUAAUAUUGACUGUAAUUACGAUGAUAAAAGUUACACUGGGCAAGUGUACAUAGUGUUUAUAAGAUUCGAUUCCAUCCUAAAAGUAACACAAUUGAUCCUGAAGUUCGUUCGAUAACGUUCGAUCGUUUUCACUUCCCAAGCGCUAGGCAAUUAAGAUAGUUCUGUUACUAAUUGUUAAAAAUAAGUAAUGGUGAUUCCAGACAUUUUGUACCUUAACAGCUCAACGACUAUCUCGAGUCCGAAGCAGUUAUUCUGUUAUCGCAUUGUAUUUGUAAUAUUGUUGCAUAGAUAUUAUUUCUGUUGGAUGUGUAGGGCUAUCGUUAUCAUUAAGAUCAACCAUUUUUAAAUAAAUAUAUAUGCUGACUGGUUUUUUUUUUAUUUCUUGAAAUUGAUAAAGACCACAGUGAUAUUAAUACAUUUAACUAUUUCACUAUUCCAUGUUUAUUACAAUAUUUGACGAGCACCGCAUCUAACAGAAAUAAUCAGAAAGCACGCAAAAACUUGUUAGGCUAAUGUAAAAUCUAAUGAAUGGAGAAAUUGUUACCUCCAUGUUUUUAUCAAUCGCUUAUUUAUAGUAGAAUCAUUUUCUUCCAAACAAAUUCGCUAGUUAUUCGUUUGGAAGCUCAAACAAUAGCCCAUAAUACUAGUCAGAUUUAAUCGUAUAUCUAAUAAUAUACUAUUUGUCAUAGAUACCCGUGUAAAAUACAAAAGUCUCCGUAACAGUUGUUAAAGAAACGGUUAUUAGUAAAAUUGUUUUAAAGGAAUUAAUAAUAAUGAUUAUUGAAACAUAGAUAUGUGGAGUGAAAGGUUUGUUAGUGGCUAGGAAUGUAGAUUUACUCGAUUUUGUCCCGUUAAAAUAUUUAUAAUGACGUAGGCGCGCAUAUUUUAAUGCAACGCUCUGAACGGUUGAAUAGUUUUCACAGAAAUAUCACUGAUAAAUUCAAAUGCUUUUAAAUAAACAAUGGCAUUUCUUUCUAUCGUGUCGUGUAAAGUAUUUGUAUUUGUAGAGAUAUACGUCUUUUUUU